AGAUCAGUAAGUGGAUAGUUGUCGCUGGAUUCAGUUCCCGGUAGACGUGCAGGUCGACGCAGCGGUGAGUCAAUCAAUCCGCGCCUGGUGGUUCCGGUACUCAUUUGAAUGCUUCCGAAUAUCAAGUGCCAAAUAAACACUCAUCCUGUGUAGCAUUCAUCGUGAGAGGUAGUUUGACUUAUCAAUUAGUGAUUUUUUUUCGAUUGAAUGAAUAGGUUAAUCAAGUGUGUGUCCCCUCGAAACCGUUGUUGAGCUCAAGUGAUCCACUCUUCGGUGCGAGCGCAAAAUGUGCAACAGUAGUGCCCCGGCCGGCACUGGCAAUGUCACUGGGCCAAUUCCCACGGUGGUCGCCUCCAUCGCUGGGUACGACGAGUACUACGAUUCCAGCUGGCAGCUCAUUCCGCCGGAUUAUGGUGCCACCGAAUACGACUACAAGUACGAGAUACUGGAUAGCAUGAAAAUUCCUGCUGUUCAGCGAUCUGGAUUCCACAUUAGCGACAUUUUAGAGUUGAACAAUCAAACCAGCCAGCAAAAUAACAUCAAAGAAAUCUCCCAUCUGCAUAAUCAGGGUCCUUGUAGCACAAACUCUGAAUCCAAUCAGAAUACAGCCCGAACCAGCCAUCCAAGCGCUGGAGAGUACCCUUCCCAGAACGCAGAUCAAUUAUCUCAGUCUGCCGCACAGCAAUACCAUAAUACGACUACCACAAAUGGUUAUGUACCGUUGCAAAACGUGGCACCGCCUCCUCCGUAUGGAGAUCUUCCAUCAUACUACCACCACUCUCAUCACCUGUUUUCCGGUACAAUAGGCAGUUCAUCUAGAACUUGGUAUUAUGACAACGGAAAUGCCGAUUAUGUACCUGCAGUAAUUCAACAAAGCAUAGAGAACAGCAUCCACCACCAUGUUAGUCCGGAUAGUACAUCAUCGGUGACGGAAGGAUCAUCGUACGCCACUUUAGGGAACUACAGCAAUAUCCCAACGGCCGUUAUUGAAACUUCUGAACGGUUGGCUUUGGAACGUUCCUCUCAUGAUACACCCCGUACAAUCGAUAGUAACAACAAUACCUGCGAUGGGGAAUCCUUGGACGACAGCAUCGAGGUUGGAAAUUCCGGAGAUGACCGUGCAGGGAGUGAGAACGGUACGGGCGCUGGUGGUAGCAGUAAUCAGAAGAAAAGGAAACGAAGAAUUUUGUUUUCCAAGACGCAAACCUUUGAGCUGGAAAGACGAUUCAAGCAAACACGAUACCUGUCAGCUCCGGAACGGGAGCAUCUGGCCAACAUGAUUCACCUAACUCCGACACAGGUGAAAAUUUGGUUUCAGAAUCAUCGCUACAAAACGAAAAGGGCACAAAUAGAAAAGAGUUCGACAAGCUUUGCGCAUCAACUAGGAACUUCACCGAAACGCAUCAACGUUCCGGUGCUUGUGCGUGACGGAAAGCCAUGUUUGGCGUCACAACAGCAACAGCACCAUCAGCAGCAACAACAACACCAACAGCAGCCGCAUUUCAUGAGCGGGAGUCUGCAUUCGUUGGUUGGUAUAGGGGCUUCAGAUCACGGUUCACUUGGGAUCGCCUAUCAACAAGGUGGGCAGGGUAUCAUGCAGAAUCACGGAGCUUCCGCUGGAAGUAGAUGGUGGCCGUGAGAUUGUUUUGCUAUUGUGCAAUGUGCUAUGUGAUAAAGUGGAUCAACUCUCUCAAUGAAUCCAUAUUUUUUGAAGCCUCUAAAAAUCAGCAGUGAUUCAAACCGUUCGGGGCUGUUUGAA